GCAAAGAGUGGACUCCCACUCUUGAAAAGGAAGUUUCCUGAAGAAGAUGAAGAAGGAGGAGGAGAAGAAGAAGCGAGGCAGCUAAACUUUAAAUCCUCUCCUUAGCUGUCGCAGAAAGGUCGCUGCUACCAAAAGUCUUAAACAACAGCUGCAGCAACAACGUCAGCUGUUGUUGCUGCUGCAUUUAUAUCACUCCGAUUUCUAAACAACAACCCCUCAAAAAAAAAAAAAAGAUUUGUGAUUCGUUCUUCGGCCAGCUAACGGAGAUGGGUUGUUCGGGAUCUAAACGAACCAGGGGUGACGAAGCUGCGAAGAAAAUCAGAAAGCCAAAACCUUGGAAGCAUUCUGAACCGAUUACGAGGACACAACUCAUGCAGAUGCGUGAUGAAUUUUGGGAUACGGCUCCUCACUAUGGUGGCCAGAAAGAGAUAUGGGAUGCACUUCGAGCUGCAGCAGAAGCUGAAUUAAUUCUUGCACAAGCAAUUAUUGAUAGUGCUGGGGUGAUUGUUCAGAAUGAUGAUUUAACAAUUUGCUAUGAUGAGAGAGGUGCCAAGUAUGAACUGCCCAAGUAUGUCUUGAGUGAUCCGAUCAAUUUGAUUCACGAGAACUGACAACAGAGACUAAAGAAUACAGUGAUUCAUUUUUAAUGUAAAUCAUGUAAAUUAAGCUCAUAAUCCUCUAAUCUCUCCCCAACUAAAUCCCCAUUGGUGUACAAUAUGGUUCUUGUGGGCAAAGGUCUAGUUGUUUCAACUCUCAACAUUGGGCUUCAAGUGAACUCUCCAUCAUGUUUAAAGCGGAUGACUGAAUAUCCAACAAAAAUUCAGUACUUUUAUGGUGUAUGGUUUGAAAUGUUUAUUCUGGAAAACUAAAGAAUUUUUGUG